CAACCUAUUCGUGCCUCAUCAUCGAGUGAGAAUCACUCCAACCCACAAAAGACAGAAAAGGGUUGCUGUGAAGAAGGUGCUUUUCUCUCAUUUUGCAGAUGAGGAAACCAAGGUUCAGACAGGGCUUUCCUUUGGGGUCAGCAUGUGCCCUGGUCAACUUGGCUGGACCAUCACCUUCCUCCUGAUACUCCACUGCACAUCUGGCUACCAGGACCUCAUCUGCUAUACAGAUUACAUCCAAAACCUGACAUGCAUCUUACAAGUGGAUCCUGGCCAGGCACAGACCUCCCCUGACCUCACCAUUGAGUGGAAUGAUCCCUAUGGGGAACUGGAGGAAUUCGCUAACUCUUGUAGCUUCAACCGAUCUACCUACAACCACACCCAUAUGCAGUAUACGUGCCACAUGAAUGUGUAUAAACUGAUGUCAGAUGAUGAAUUCAACGUCACCAUCACAGACAAGCUAAGCAACAGUUCCAGUGAGGGAAGACACUUUAUCCUGGCUCAGAGCAUUAAGCCAAAUCCCCCUUUCAACGUGACUGUGGCCUAUUUUGGAGAUUACAACAUUUCCUGGAAAACCCACUAUGAAGAUCCUCGUUACUAUGCAUUACAGAAUAAGCUACAAUAUGAGCUUCGCUACAAAAAACAAGAAGACUCCUGGAUGACUCAGAAGGCCAAGUUCAUCCCAGCCGACUUGAAGUCAGUAUCACUCCUGCCUUUGGAAUUCCAGAAGGGCUCAGUUUAUGAAAUACAAGUUCGAGCUCAGCCUCAGCCAUCUUCACUCUACAGUGGGGUCUGGAGCGAGUGGAGUGCUUCCGCCUCCUUCAGGACCCAGCCAGCGGAAGAAGAGAAAACAGAAUGGUCCUCUUGGGUAUUUCCCAUCUCCUUCCUCGUGGCCAUAUUUGCUUCUCUGGCUGGAUGGAAACUGACACAGAGGCUGUGGAAGAAGAUGUGGGUGCUAGUACCCAACCCCGCGCCCUUCUUUCAGCCCCUGUAUUCAGCUCAUGAGGGUGACUUUAAGGUAGUAAAGGGAGCAUGCUCAGGAGCUCACCUCCAUCCAAAUGGUGACCCCAAGAGCUGGGUGGGAACAUCUUACACCAUCAGCACUCUGAAUUUAUUCAACUGGGGACUGGUCUCCCCAGAGGUACUGGAAGUAUAUGGCGGCCGCCUCACCAAAGGGAUCGAGCUGAUUGAUGCCAAUGGGCAACCCAAGAUAGACUGUGGAAUAUGCCCCCCUGGACCCUCCCAGAAAGAAGUUGGAUCUUUUGCCUUAGGAUGUGGUGAGGGGAAGGACAAAUCCUAUGGCCAUGUAUCUCUUGACACAGUGAUGGUGGUUGAUGACAAGGAGUCUGGUCAGCUGUGCUGUGGCUGCAGUCACCAAGCUCAGGAUGGAGGUGGUGGCUGUGGUGGGGAUGACAACUACCCCAAGAUAAAUCUUGAUGGUGACCAACCUGAUGGCCAGGGCUCUGGUGAGCUGCUCUUGGGGAAAGAAGAUAGAAUCAUCUCCUCUGGCCACGUCUCCAUGGAGAGCCCUGGGAGGAUCCCAGUGUGGCCAAAAGCCCCGAUUGGCAGUAUUUUGGAAGCCCUUUGCCUGCAUCCUCCAGAGGACUGGGAUCCAGGGAGUCCUAUCUCCCUACCCUCACAGGAAGGGGAGGGUGCUCCCUUCAGCCAGGGACCUUACGCACACUUCUCCUGCAGUUCAGAGAAAGAGGCCUUUGGCCACCCACUAGUCAGCUUGGAUAUGGACACUUUCGACAGUGGAUUUGCUGGUUCUGACUGUGGCAGCCCCUUAGAAAGUGACUUCAUGGGGGGCAGUCCAGUGGAAAGGGAAGGCACCUCAGCCCUGGGCACCAGUCAUGUUGAGGAUGAUAUCCCAAGAAGUUACGUCAAACAGUGGGUUAUUUCCCCCCCUGCCUCCCCAAGUCCUGGAUCACAUAACAGUUAGCAAGUCAAGCAGGUCCCAAAACUGAGGUGGGGUCAGCGAGGACUAAUAUGUAAACCUGUUGUCACAUGUCAACUAUUCAUACAGCUUUCACUCAGAAGAAAAAAAGUGGCACAUCUUCAUCAACAACUGUAAAAAGAGGAACGUGAUGGUGCAGAGCGGACUGAACUUAAUACUUUGUUAUUAUUUGAUGUCACUUACAGAUGGCCUGAGAGGCAGCAGGGCUUAACAGGUGACUCCUCUGAAGUCAAGAAGACCUGGGUUAAAGGCCCAUCUCUGGCACAUUAUGGUUGUGUGACCCUGGGCAAGUCACUUAACCUCUAAGUUCUAGGCAAUUCUCUAAAACAAAAUGCCAACUUGUGUUGGUAAAGGGAGUAUCCUCACCUGGGAGUUCCCAUUCCCAUUAAAUCCCAGGUUCAAUUCCUGUCCUUACAGACAGCCCAUUAUGGGUGUGUGUGUGUGUGUGUGUGUGUGUGUGUGUGUGUGUGUGUGUGUACGCUCUUGGUUUACAUUCACUUCAUUUGAAGAUGCUUAUUAGCCAUUGUUGAAAACCACAAUCGGAGCCGUUUUCCCAGGAGUGGGCAUGGGCUGCCCUGGGCCUUGUGUCUUUUCUUUCGGUCCUCCCUUCUACCCCACAUCUCAAACGCGAGGUGUUAGAAGAGUUUUGGUGGGGGGAAGGGGAAGUCUCUCGCGCACCACACUCAUGAGCUGUAGACACUUGGGGACAAAGAGGAUGUCCAAGACCGACCUCUGCCCACGUGAAGCUUAGAACCUGAGCUGGAGAUGCAGAUUUGGACAGCUGUGCAAAAAAGUGGUAACAACUAGAAUUAUACUAUGAAGCCGCCAUAGAACUGUGAUGUUUUCAAGGCCUGAGAGUGGAUUUGCUAAAAAUAAGUUUUCACAUUUUGAUCCUUUUUUUUUACCUCCUUCCAAAGUGUUACCCCCAUUCCCAUAAUGAUGAAAAUAAAGUUAGAGAGAAAAGGGUCAAACUUAGCGAUGAACAGGUGGGGGGGGGGUUUAUAUGAAAUAUGGAAAGAGAAAGUAAUAGAAGAUAGAUGGAGAGAAAGAGAGUAGGUGACAUUAGUCAUUAUACCCAUAUAGCUCCAGGCUUUUAUGGUCAGUCAGUCAAUGAGCAUCUAUUAAGCACAUACUAUGUGCCAAGCACUGUACUUAGUGCCGGGGAUACAAAAUGUGGCAAAAUAGUUCCUAUUCUCAAGGAGCUCACAAUCCAAUCUCUCUGUAGGAAGAGUGGUAACUCAUUCUCAUCCCCCUCCCCUAUCUCUUUUUUUCUCUAUUUCUUCUUCACUCCCUUCCUCCCUCCCUUUCUCUCAAUUCCUCCUCCCUUUUUAAACUCUCAUUCCCUUUCCUUCCCUUACCCUCCCCUCCCUUUUCUGUCUCUGUCUUCCACGCCCCCUCCCUGUCUUAGCCAUUCCUCUUUCCCAAUCUAGGUGUAAAAACCAAUGGAUCUGGACAUUCAAAGUUAUGUUGACACAGUAACUCAUUGCUCCCAGCCCUGCUAGUCAAACAGUGUAGGGGGAGGCUCUGUUGGAGAAGGGAACACCUACAUGGAGUCAGUAGCUUUCUGCAUUACCUUCUCUUGGUCACACUCACCCACCUCUGACAUUGUUACCCCUACCUGCAAAUUCUGAAUUGCCUUUAUCUAAUUACAAAAGUUAUCUAUAAAAGCUGGCUGCAUCUUAAAGCCAUCGCUAAUCUCCAGUUGUCAGUCUAUUUGUUGCUAUCUUGAUGUACUUGUAAUAAACUCCUUUUAAUUCUCUU